UUCGGGAAAUGUAACUUGGCUUUUCCUCCUUGCUUUUACUUUCAUUUACAGCAGCCUAUAAAAGCUGCCUGUUUUCUGUUGUCUGUUGUCUGUUUUCUGUUGAACACAGAAGAGGCUGGUUGAGUGGGACAGCUUUAUUUUGGCAACCCGGACUACACAUGUUUACCAGUUUCAUUUUCCUCUGAUAGUAUAAGUAUCAACGGCAGAAAGAAGAAGCCCAGACUGUGGAGUUCCAUUGUCAAGAUGAUCCCUCACAUGGCUCUGUGCAAAUUCUUUCCUCUGGUUCUAGUCGGGGUUGUGGUGUUUGCGGUGAGUGGGAUCAUUGGAGACCCCCUGUAUGAGUGCCUCCAAGACACAGACUACAGCGAGCUUCUCGACAUUGUGGAUAAAGGUCUUCCUGCUGCAAAGACACCUCGUCAUGUAGCAAUCAUUGGUGGGGGCAUCGCUGGGCUGACCGCUGCAAAGUUUUUAGAAGAUGCUGGCCAUAAGGUGACCAUAAUAGAAGCCAGUAACCGUAUUGGAGGACGUGUCGAGACCUUCAGGAACAGAAGAGAAGGCUGGUAUGCAGAAAUGGGAGCCAUGAGGAUCCCCAGCUUUCAUAAGAUUCUGCUUUCCUUGGCCUCCAAAUUACAAAUUUCCUUGAACCACUUCAUCCAAGAUGACAUCAACACCUACUAUUUGGUAAAUGGAGUGCUACACAAAACCUAUGCUGUGGAAAACAACCCUGAUGUGCUCAACUACACCUUGAAUGGAAGAGAGAGGGGAAUGUCAGCUGCUCAGCUUUUCAAUCUGGCUCUGUGGAAGGUGAGGGAUGACCUUAAGAGGAUUGGCUGCAGUGCCAUGUUGGAUAAAUAUGAUUCCUACACAGUGAAGGAAUAUCUGGUGAAGGAGGGCAACCUGAGUCGAGGUGCCUUGAGAAUGAUUGGGGACAUCCUGAAUGAAAACAGCCUCUUCUACACAUCACUGGUAGAGAUGUUGUACAUACAGUCAGACAUCAAUGACAACACUGAGUACUUCGAAAUUACAGGUGGCUUUGACCACCUCCCGAUGGCUUUCUACCAAGUGUUAAAUGCCACCAUCCUUCUCAACUCCAAGGUCAAACUCAUCAACCAAACAGGCGGCAGCAAUGUGACUGUAACGUACCAGGACUGGCAUAAUUCAGGCUCCCUGACCAACCUUACAGUGGACUAUGCCCUGGUUACAGCCACGGCCAAAGCCAGCCUCUUCAUUGACUUUCAGCCCCCUCUCUCUGGGGACAAGAUGGAGGCCUUGCGCUCAGUCCAUUACGCCAGCUCCACCAAGGUGGUACUCAGCUUCAGCGAGCGUUUCUGGGAGAAAGAGGGCAUCAGAGGAGGGAAGAGUAUCACAGACCGGCCCUCUCGCUUUAUUUACUACCCCAGCCACAGCUUCCCCGGGACAGCCGCAGGGGCCCUCCUGGCAUCUUACACCUGCUCCGAUGACUCCACCCUCUUCCAAGGGAUGAGCGAGGAUGAGCUGAUGGCUGUUGUCCUGGAGGACUUGGUGAAGAUCCAUGGGGAGGGCAUCAGGCCUCUGUGUACAGGGGGACUGGUGAAGAAGUGGGGCUUGGAUCCUUACAGUCUGGGAGCCUUCGCCAUAUUCACACCCUACCAGCAGGGACACUAUGCCAGUGAACUGUUCCAGAGUGAGGGACGGGUGCACUUUGCAGGAGAACACACAGCCACACCUCAUGGGUGGAUUGAAACUGCCAUGAAAUCUGCCCUCAGGGCAGCUAAACAUAUUAAUAGCCUCACAGUUUAGUUUUUACAUGCAGAAAAUAUUUUCUUUUACAUAUGUUUCUACUUUUUUCUCUUUUCAGGUUUGACUGAUAUGUUAGUUUGGUCAACCCCCUCUGAUAUGACGAAUAUUUUUUGUCAUUUACAUAUUUAUUGAUCUAGGUACACAUGUAUUGGUCAGCAGCACAAGGCGUGUCUCUACGGCCCAUAAACUGACAUUCUGACCAGAUUCUACAAAGAUUAUAUAUGCAAAUCAUGAUUUGCAGGGUUUUAUGUUGUAUGUGACACUCCAGUUUCAAACACUGUACUAAAAAUAAGAAUAAGCUGAAUGGAAUUCUUGAUGUGACAUAAUGUUUACUCCUUCUACACCUGAACUUGUUAAGUCA